AUGGCUUCUCCGCCCAAACCCUGGGAGCAGCCUGGCGCGGCUACGACUGCUGCCGUUCCGUCUAUGUCAUCCUCAUUUGCGUCUGGAACUACUGCCGCAUCGCCCACUGAUUCAUCUGCCGCCCCUCCGCUUCCCAAUCGGCCUUCUUCUCUUGCAUCUGCUGUCAACCAGAACGCUGCCAACUACAGCCGAAUGAAUACCUCGCCGUACGGCUCCAUGGGCGGCGCCUACUCGUCGCCCUACUCCAGUCCCUACUCGCGCAUGGGUAUGGGUGGUGGUAUGGGUGGCUAUGGCGGCGGUUACGGCAGCAUGUAUGGAGGAGGAGGAUAUGGUGGUUAUGGAGGCGGCAUGUAUGGUGGCAUGGGCGGUGGUAUGUACGGCGGUGGCAUGGGAAUGCCUGGCGACCAGAACAGCUUGACGAAUAGUUUCAACAACAGCACUCAAGCCACCUUCCAAAUGCUCGAAGGCAUCGUCACAGCCUUCGGUGGCUUCGCACAGAUGCUCGAAAGCACCUACAUGGCUACACAUUCUAGCUUUUUCGCUAUGGUCUCUGUUGCUGAACAAUUUGGCAACCUGAGAGACACCCUGGGCUCAGUCCUGGGCAUCUUCACUGUGAUGCGAUGGAUUCGAACUUUGCUUGCGAAGAUUACUGGCCGACCGCCACCAGCCGAUGCGACUGCUCUUACCCCAGCUGCCUUUGCUCGCUUUGAAGGCCGCAGUAUUGGCCCCGACGGCAACCCUCUUCCCACCAAAGCUAGCAGGAAACCUCUCAUCUUCUUCGUUCUGGCCGCAUUUGGUAUUCCAUACCUUAUGUCCAAGAUGAUCAGGACGCUUGCCGCCUCACAAGAACAGGAGCAAAAACGCCUCCAAGCUCAGGCUAUUGAAGCGCAACAACCCGUCGACCCUUCCAAGCUGGAGUUCUGCCGACUUACCUUCGAUUUCCUUCCCCAGCCCAACACCGGUAUGGAGCUUGAAGCUCGAAAAGGUGAUUUGGUCGCCGUUCUCAACAAGAAUGACCCUUCGGGUAACCCCAGCGAAUGGUGGCAAUGUCGUGCUCGCGAUGGUCGCCAAGGCUAUCUUCCCUCUACCUACCUCGAGGUUAUCAAGCGUCCGGCGCAGGAGCCCAAGAAGCUCAAGGCCGCCCCUAGCGACAGCAGCCGCACCAACUCUUUGACAAGCUCGAUCGCCCACCCAGAGGAGGGCAACAAAGAAUAUGCAUCCGCCGAUGGCAUGCAGAGAAGCCACUUCUAUUCAUAG